GUGGUGAAAGGGAGUCGUUGUCAUUGCAGCUGGAACGUCACGGGAGGACGGGCAACGAGACACAUCUGUGCAGAGCAGAACUUCUCCGGGAUCUACGGGAUCAUCCCACCUCGUCCCGUGGAGCAGCUUCAAAGAAGAGAGAAAAUGUUCCUGCCCCAGAGAUCUCUGCAGAUGGUUACGUUUUUGGCAAUUCUUUUUUUUGCCUGUUUUGCAACAUGUCAAGACACUGAAAACAAGAGAGCGGUGACGGAGCAUCAGCUCAUGCAUGACAAAGGGAGGGCUUUUCAAGGGCUGAAACGCCUGAUGUGGCUGCACAACGCCCUGGGCAGCGUGCACACAGCCAGCAGCAGGGAUAUUUCCCUCUCAAACGCCAUGUGGGAUUCGCAGAAGAGCCAAGAUCCCUCAGAUCCCAUCGGCGGAGACGAGACUUCAAGCCUGAUGAAGCAGCUGCUGGACCUGCCCGAGAAAGACCAGGGUUUCCCUCCGUUAAAGCCGCUGGAUUCACUGCAGAACACAAAGAGCCCAAAGGGCAACUGGAACCCACAAGACCUUUUCAACCUCCUUCAAAUCCAAGAGCUGGGCAGCAAGAGGAAUCCCAGCGCCCUGCCGCAGAACAUCUCCCACUAACCCCAACCCAGCUCAGUCCACCCCUUGCUUUAGACACGUCACCUGGUAAGGAAAAGCUCUGGUGCAAAAGUGAACCUGCAGAAGAAAAAUAAGGUCCAUUUAUUCCAUUAACUACUCCUCCAUGUUGAAUGGAGCCCCUUGUGAGGCCCCGGGUCCUCUCCCGUGGGCAGCGUGUACUGCGACCGGGAGACGGGCUCCUUUGUCAUUGGCCACAACCUUCUCCCCAUGGCAGGGCCCUCCCUGGUACCGUGGGGCUCUGGCAGCUCUUGGUAGCUCCCACAGCCCACGUGCAGCAGGAAGUUUGGCUCAUUAAUCCCCAUAUUCACAGCCUCAUGUUUUGACUCACAAAGAAGCUGUUUCCUCCUCACACAGAUUAUCUUACUUCACACCUGCCCUGCUCCGCAGCACUAAUGACUUUCCUUGUACUUUAGGUCCAAAGGUUUGGUUUUUCCUCCUUCUCCAACAGAUGGAAGGUUUUAAGC